UGAAACAUCGCGAAGUCGCGCCAUGCUUGAGUUUUUAAAACAUUUUGAUUGGACAACUGUUGGACAAUGUGAUUCGUGAAUAUUAUUGUUUCACAAGUUAUAAGUACGAAUAAUUUGGCAAGAAAAAUUAUUUUUUUGAGAACGCUGUGGUUCCAUAAUGACAUUCAAUACAAAAUUGAUGCUACCUGUAGCAUUAGGUUUUUCAAUUGUAACUGUGACAGCAUUUGUGGUCUAUUAUGUCUUUAAAAAAGAAGAGGAAGGUGACAAAACUGUUAAAACAUCAAGAGUCAAUGUAAUUGAAUUGCAGGUCCCCAAAAGCAUUAUUCCUGCUUUAAUUGGUCGCAAUGGCUCUAAUAUAAAGGAAAUCGAACAGAAGUCCGGUGCGCUUACGCAUUUUAAGAAGUUUAGUGACAAAGAUUACGAUGUAUGUAUAAUUCGUGGACGGAGCAGUGCAACACAACUUGCCGAAACGAUGAUACAUGACUUCAUUAAACAGCAACCAAUCAUUGUUGCCGAUUCAAUGGAGGUCCCUGGAUGGACUGUCGGCAGAAUUAUUGGCACUGGUGGUGAACAUAUAAACCAAAUAAGCCAUACAAGUGGCGCAAAGGUGAAAGUGGAGUCUACACCAGGUGGGAACACCAACGAACCACGAAAGAUAUCGUUUAAAGGCUCCAAAGAACAAAUUGAGAAGGCUAAGAAACUUGUUGAUACCAUCGUGGCCCAAGAGAAGUGUAGACGCGAGGUGGAGCAAGCCAAACGUCCCCGUUUGCCCCUCGUCAGUCCAGCUCCCCUGGCCACGCCCGAAACAGGUGAACGCACACCCGCCAAGCAUGUCCGCUAUAAGACGCCUGAACCCCCUGGUCCAUCGAUCGAAGUGUACGUGUCAGCGAUUUCUUCACCUUCGCGAUUUUGGGUGCAAUUCGUCGGUCCACAAGUCGCUCAACUUGAUGAUUUGGUCGCACAUAUGUCUGAAUUCUACAGCAAUAAGGAUAAUCGUAGUGCUCACGCGUUAAAGUCAGUAUCGGUGGGUCAAGUGGUGGCUGCGGUGUUUCGUCAUGAUGGUCGUUGGUACAGAGCCCGCAUCGACGAUAUUCGACCGAACGAAUUCGACGCCACACAACAGGUAGCCGACGUGUUUUACUUGGACUACGGAGACAGUGAGUACGUCGCAACGCACGAGUUGUGUGAACUGAGAGCUGAUCUUCUUAGACUACGCUUUCAGGCGAUGGAAUGUUUCCUGGCCGGAGUCAAACCGGCUUCCAUGGAGAAGGAGGAACCGAAACCUGGAGACUAUCCGAAAUGGCACCCACAAGCUGUCGAGCGAUUUGAAGAACUCUCACAGGUCGCACGUUGGAAGGCGUUACAAUCAAAGACGUGUACGUAUAAGCGUACGUCUACGCUUCGCGGGGACUUGGAAAGGGAGAUACCAGGGAUAAAGCUGUAUGACGUCACUGAUGAAGGAUCAGUGGACAUAGGCGAAACAUUAAUAGCCGAAGGAUGGGCGGUGGCCACAACCUCGGGGACAUCUACGCCUCACCACAUCCACUCGCCCCUUACACCAUUUGGGGACUUAUCUAACUCCAGGGUACUAGGAAUGCUCAACCCCCGCGCUGCCUCAUUGCCCAAAGAUCAUAAAGACGAUAGAGAAACUUCACCCCUUACACCAGAUUCCCUUAAAGAUAACCCAACAUCAAAAUCGCUGUCCGGCGGUCUCGAGGCAGCAGAUAAGGUUAAGUCAGUCUCAAACUUCGAUCUCUCUUACGAGUCAAGUAAACCGACCCCUACUAACGGUUCUCACGAUCUUCUCGAAAGCGAGCGUCGGAUCGAGAAUGAAGUCCCAAAGGGCAACUUGAGGAACGAGAUUAAAGCUAAUAUGAAUAGAAUAGACUCGCAUCAUAGUAAUUUAGACAGUCUUGGGAGACAUGAUAAGUCGUAGAAUAUUUGUUGUGUAAUUUCAUACAAUAAUCGUAACCACGAUAAAAGAAAACUUACUGGUUUUAUUUUAAACUCUAAAUUUCUGUUUUUUUUAAUAAUAAGUGUACAGUUAUCCCUCCUAUAACACGGUAGAUUGGUUCCGCGUUAUAGGAAACCUCUUGUAGGCGUAUGUUUUUUUCUUUAUAGAACAGGGGGCUCACCUGACGGUAAGUGAUACCGCCGCCCAUGGACUCUCAAUGCCAGAGGGCUCGCGAGUGCGUUGCCGGCCUUUUAUGAAUUAUUAUUCUAUUAUUAUUUUUGUUAUUCUCGCAUAACGCGCUUGUACUCCAUACGCGUUACAAUUGAUUCACGUUUAAAUUUUCUCGUUAAACGGGAUUUAAAUUUACAGAAAUAUAUUGUUUUAAGAUGUCAAUAAGAGAGAUAGAUCAGAAUUUAAGGUUUUACUGAAGCUGUUUAAAUUGUUUUAUUUAAAUUAAAAUACUAAAUACGAAUUACUAUUUUACGAAAUACAAUAUUUUUCUAUAAAACAUUUUUAUUAACUCUAAUAAAAUAAGAGUUACUAAGGCAACUUCUUGUAUGCCAUAUACAUACUUCACAGAAAUCACCGCGUUAUAUGGGGGAAUACCCGUGUUAUACUAGGUACUGAAGUCGCAUAAUAUGAAAAUGCGUUAUAUGUACCGUUUUAUAAGUGGUUUAGUGUAUAUUAUUAAGUUAAAAACUAAUAGUCUAGUCCUGUGCAUAGGAAGCACUCAAAAAAUUUAAUACAAAAUUUACAGCGUCCAAAUGUUUACUGUUUACAAUGUAAAGUGUGCGGUAUCCGGCGGCAUUUCAUUUAAUCACUUUUUAUUAUUAUCGAACUAUAAUGACGUAAUAUGUAGUUGUCAACAUACUUUUUUUUUUAAUGGCUCUGGCACGGUUUGUGCAUUAGCCAGCGUAUGAGAUUUUUAUAAUUCGUGCUUGUCUUUAGAAAUUCGACCAUGUCCU